AUGAAGGGCAUAAAAAGGGAAGGAUGGAUAUCUUAUAAAGCGGAUGGAAUGUUUUCCUUCUUAUGGCAAAAGAGGUAUCUGGUGCUAAACGAUUCGUAUUUAUCAUUUUACAAGAGUAAUAGGUUUAGUGAGGACCCCGUCUUAUCUGUGGCAUUGACUAGUAUAACAAACGUCAGUAGGAUACAGUUGAAACAGAACUGUUUUGAGAUUCUUCGACUAACAGAUCAAAAGGAGAAUGUGUCGCCUAUGAAUUCGUAUUUUUACGAAUCGAAUUCCAAGAGACCGAUAUUCAUCUCCACAAGAACCGAACAAGAUUUGCAUGGUUGGCUUGAUGCAAUUUUUGCCAAAUGUCCAUUAUUAAGCGGCGUUUCAUCACCAACAAAUUUCACUCAUAAAGUACACGUAGGUUAUGAUCCGAAAGUGGGAAAUUUUGUUGGAGUGCCUGAUAGUUGGGCUAAACUGCUGCAAACCUCAGAAAUCACCUACGAUGAUUGGAACAGAAAUUCGAAAGCAGUUAUUAAAGCAUUGCAAUUUUACGAAGAUUACAAUGGGCUAGAUAGCAUUCAAACCGACCAAUCCAAUCCAAGUUUAAAUUUGAAGCCUUUAAAGAGCCCGACAAAGUAUAUCAUAAACAAGAGGACUAACUCUAUCAAGAGAUCGCUAAGCAAGACACUCAGGAAAAGCAAGACGGAUUCCAUUUUACCAGUAUAUCAAUCAGAACUCAAACCUUUCCCCAGAUCGGCGGUAAAUAACAAUAGCAUCAUCAACUUAAAAGAUGCAAAAACCCAUGAAAAUGAUAUGCAUGCUAGUAGAGAAAAGGUGACAGAUCUCCGAACGACGCAGUUGAAAAGAAAGGAGCAGCAAGCUAUUCAACACCAUUUACAAAAACAUGAUAGCAAUGCGAUAUUAAAACCUCGCCGUGUAGCACCAGCGGCGCCCGUUGCAAAAUUGCAUAAUGGCAAAGCUAUAACACCCAAAGAAAAUCUUCUUGAGUUAAAGGACGCGGAUGACUCUGAGGAAAUAAUAAUGAAGAUGAAAACAGUAGCAAUUGAUGUGAAUCCGAGACCGUAUUUCCAGAUGAUAGAAAAGGCAGGCCAAGGAGCUAGCGGUGCAGUAUACCUAUCGAAACGUAUCAAGCUGCCUCAAAGAAAUGAUUCGAGAUUUUUGAAUUCUCAUUGUGAUCGAAUCAUAGAAGAAAGGGUGGCUAUAAAGCAAAUCCAUCUAUCUGAGCAACCCAAGAAGCAAUUGAUCAUGAAUGAGCUUUUGGUAAUGAAUGACUCGCAUCACGAAAAUAUCGUCAACUUUCUCGAAGCCUACAUUAUUGAUGAUAAAGAAUUAUGGGUGAUCAUGGAGUACAUGGAAGGUGGGUGUUUAACGGACAUAUUGGAUGCCACCGCGGAUAUCAAUGCUAGUAACAAAUCGUCGCCGCUAAACGAGAGCCAAAUGGCAUAUAUAAUAAAGGAGACAUGCCAAGGUCUGAAGUUUUUACACGACAAUAAAAUCAUUCACAGGGACAUUAAAUCUGAUAAUAUUCUUCUUAAUUCCCAGGGCUUAGUGAAAAUCACAGAUUUCGGGUUUUGUGUAGAACUAACAGAGAAAAGAAGCAAACGUGCCACCAUGGUGGGAACUCCAUAUUGGAUGGCACCCGAAAUCGUGAAUCAGAAGGGGUACGGUGAGAAAGUGGAUGUUUGGUCAUUGGGAAUAAUGCUUAUUGAGAUGAUAGACGGCGAGCCUCCAUAUCUAAACGAGGACCCUUUAAAGGCAUUGUAUUUGAUAGCUAAUAAUGGGUCGCCCGUAUUGCGUCGUGCUGAAUUGGUGUCUAAGAAAACUAGACAAUUUUUGGAUGCGUGCUUACAAGUGAAUGUCGAACUUAGAGCAUCGGUAAGGGAACUUCUUAUGUUUGACUUUUUAUUACUGGCAUGUGGUCCUAAAGAGUUCAAACAGACCUUAAAGUGGUACUAA